AUGUCAAACCUUCGCCACUAUAGAUCAUUCCUUUAUAUAAUUAGUAAAAGUAAACAUUCCGAUUCUCAUCUACAAACAUCAAUUAAUAAUAAUAAUAAUAGAAAUUCAUCAAUUUGUCCGACGGAUACAUUAUCUCAUUUAUCUGAACCUGAUCAAUUAUUACCAAUUAUACAAUAUGUUGUAAUACGCUAUGGAAUUAUGUAUUUAGGUGCUGAAUCGGAUUUUAUUGUACAUUUAGCACCGAAACGUUUAUCACUUCAUGGAUUAUUACCUUAUCUAAUGACUACAUUACAAGCAUGUUAUGAUCAAAUUCUAAAUGAAGGAAAUAACAAGAACAUUCAGUUUAUCGAAAUUUCUUGGAACUCUAUAAUUUCAAUGAAUAUACAAAUACCUCCAAUUCAGGCGGUACGUUUAGUUCUUCAUUGGUUUUCUGAAUGGAACAACUCUGAACGUGAAUUAUUUCUUUCUACAUUAAAUUGUCUCGAAACAGUGGAUCAUCAUUUAUCCAUUGAUGAUUCAUUAUCUAUAAUAAGUGAAAUGAAUACCAAUGAGCAUGACAAUCGUUCUAUACAUCAGAACAAUACUAUUGGUCAUCAAAUGAAUGAUACAUUCUUAGCACAUUUAAUGAAUACAAAUUUGCAAAUUAAUUCAGAAUUAGUUGAAAGAUUAGAUUCAUCAGAUAUAUUUCAAUGUCAACUACGUUUAUUUCAUUGUUGGUAUCCUCAAUGGUCAUUAGAACAACGUGUUCAAUUAGUUAAUAAUUUAAAAGAUAUACAAUUAAAGUCAUUAAACGAAACUUCGUAA